AUGCCCAUCCCAAUAGCCUCCUCCCUCGACAAAGAGACUCAAGCCAACCCUACAACGCGCCCAACCGGCUCAGCAGACUACGCCUCUCGCGACGCGCUCUCCGCCAGCGGAAACGACAACAGCAGCGGUCGCCAGUUCGGGACUAGGACGGGCGGCACCGUCAGCGCGCCGGGGUCCGAUUCAUCGCAGAAUGCGGAGAGCGAGCGCGCCAUGAGCAAGGAGGAGGCUGAUCGGCUCUAUGAGGAGAGGAUGGAGGAUGAGUAUGCUAAGAGGGAGGGGGUGCGUGAGGUGAUUGGAUGGUGA